AUGGUUAGAAUUAAUGUGAUGGGGUAUCAGAAAGCUAUAGAGAUUUACGAAGAGAUAGCACGACCGUCGCUCAAUAAUAACUUGCUAAAAUACGGUAUUAGAGGGCAUCUACUGAAUGCUGGCAUUUGCCAACUCUGUAAAGGCGAUGUUGUUGCAAUCACAAAUGCAUUAGAGCGUUACCAGGAAUUGGACCCCACGUUUUCAGGAACACGCGAAUACAAAUUGCUCACGGAAUUGGCUGCUGCUAUGGACGAAGAAGAUGUUGCAAAGUUCACUGAUGCUGUCAAGGAGUUUGACAGCAUGACUAAACUGUAUAAAUGGCUUCAUAAAGUUUUGGAUUUCAUAUGUAGAUCGACUGUGCUCGGCGACUGUGGUUUCUUCACAUGUAACCUGCAGGAUGCCGAGUUCAUCGCGAUAUAAAGCCGACAAAUAUUCUCCUAAAUAUGAACUUCAAGCGAAGCUAGCCGACUUUGGACUGUCAAAGAUUAUCGACACGUGUCUAUCUCAUGUUAGUUCAGAAGUGAGAGGAACGUUUGGGUAUGUGGAUCUUGAGUACCAAAAGAACAGCCAAGUCAACCCGUCUGGUGACAUGUCUAUACGAGAUGGGUCUAACACCAAAAGUUUAAUCAAUGUCUAGACUACAUAUAUAGAAAAGUAUGUUGGUAUACGUCAAUAAUAUUGUAACAAAAUUCUUAUGCUACUCACCUUACAUAAUGAAAUCAAACCAUUAAUAAAAUGUGGCUCAUGUUCUCUUGAUCU